AAAACGAAAAUAGUAUACACAUAUGAUACGUGUAUUAGACCUCAAACAGGAAGCGAAGAGGACGGACAUUUAUUGAAAAUGUCGUCUGAUUUGGGAUUUGCGUUGUUUAUUGUCGUGGCAAUUGCCGGGACAGCGACUGGUUCGUGGUUCAACCCUUUCGACCAGUCCUCGUGGUACGAUCAGAAACCGGAAAAUUGUCCAAGCGUCAACAACCAAACUCACGUCUGCUCAGCGCUGUCGUCUGGUAACUUUAUCUGCAUCAAGGUUGCGUGUUGUGACUACUUCCGGAAUCAGAACAUCGAAGCUCCGGAGUACAACGGAGAACAUGAUAAUGAUCCCGAUUAUGACGUCACCUACUUGGGGGAUAGUGGACUGUGCAGGAUGUGCUACACCCAAAAGUAUUGCACGCUUUACAAGUGCUACGACCGAUGUUGCGAUGGCUACACCAGAGACAGAUACGGAAGAUGCAGCAACUUCAGUAGCGGUGCUUUGCAGUGUGAGAACGGAGGCAAGCCCUACAGACAUGGGUUCUACUGCAAAUGCCCACAAGGAUUUACUGGGCAAUCGUGUGAAAUCCCCGUAUGUAACUGUAUGAACGGCGGUAAAUGCACUGUUCGGAAUGGACGGCCUUUCUGUAACUGCACGGAGGGUCAUUACGGCAAUCAGUGCGAGUUUUCGACAUGCCAGACUUGCCUCAACGGAGGCACAUGUCUGCGUGACAACAGGCGCGAGUACUGUGUCUGCACUCCGGAGUAUGUGGGAGACAGCUGUGAGAAACACUUUAAUCAGCCGGGAACCUGUCCGUCAUACAACGGCACUCAACCGUACUGUUGUGGCGAAGAAUGCUAUAGCAACUCUGAUUGUUCCGGGGACCAGGUCUGUUGUAAGGAGGGCUGCAAAACGGUGUGCCGAAAACCAGUUGCAACCUGCACUGCAAACGAUGGUACCCGGCUUAUGGCAGGCCAGAUCUACAAGCCCGAUUCUUGCACAGAUUGUUACUGCCAGCCGGACGGAGACCUCCCGUGCCGCUCGAUGAGUUGCGCACCGCCCCCUUGCGGGCAAGAUUCCCGGGUUACCAUGCAAGGGGAAUGCUGCGCCUCUUGUGGGGAUACUGCUCGUCCCCCUAGGAUUAUCUGUCCGAGCAACACGGUGAUCCUUAACACCAGUUCCGGCAGUACCGAGACAUUCACCGUCUCGAAUACACGGGUAUCCGCUUCCUACGGCUAUGAUAGAGAACCUAUCGUUACGUUCAGUCCAGAAUUAAUCCGUCACUGCGCAUGUUCGGAUCCUCUCAGCCGCACUAUCAAGGUCAAGGCGUCGGUUCAAGGACUUACAGGCAUUGCUGAGUGCACAUUUGAGGCAGUCCUUCGUGACACUAUAGCGCCAGUGUUCAAGACCUGUCCAAAGGACAUCUACGUGAUGGACUACGAGGUGCCCAAGUGGAGCGACCCCGUAUACUCGGACAAUGUGGGCGUGUUCCAGAAGGAGUGCCCGGACGCGCGCUACAGGCAGCCCCUAGCCGCGGGAAACUACUCCCUCAGCUACGUGGUUUUGGACUAUGAGAUGAACGAGGGACGCUGCGACUUCAACGUUUACGUCAGCUCUCCAAACACGCCUGUGGAGCAGCUCCCACAAGGACAGCGGGAAAGGCUGUCACGAACCCCGGGAAAUGAUGUGUUUCAAAUUGUUGGAGUUUCGAUUGGUGCCAUUGUACUGGUGGCAGUCAUUUUGGUCGUCGUGUUCGUCUGCAAACGACGACAACGACUGAACAAUCCACAGAGCGAUGCGAAUGCGCGACGCAGACCACGUGACCUUCGAACCGGGUUCAGUCACGGUAUUUACGCGAUUCCUGGCGAUCUUGACGUGAAGCUGCCCCCGUACACUCCCUCGAAAUCCCCGCCGCCAUACGACAACCCGGACUACAUCAAGGCAGACAUCGUGGACGGGAAAGACUACUUGUCGCAGCCACCGCCAUAUUACAUCAACCCGGGCUACGAAACAAUGUCAUCUGUCCGAAAGGAAUCUGUCGGAGACGAGAACGUGUCGGUCAAAUCCGACAAAGUGAAAUCCGAAAAGGCGGAUAAGUAGCGUGUUGAGCAUGCCGUCAUGUUCUCCGAGCAAAUCGAAUCAAAAAUUGAGUUUGACAUUGUUAUGCUUCCUUUCUUUGUAAUGCAUAAUAGGUGUUUUGUCUAUUAACUGUUGCACGAAUGUACCCUUUGAACCUUCUGACAUUAUGUGCUUGUAUAUAGUUUUUUUUUGUUUCAGUUAUUUGCUAUAUUAUAUUACAUUUGUUAUACACGGAUUGGCUACUAACUUAUACGCUUUUAAUGUAUCCAUUCAUUCGCUUAAGUAUUUUGACUCGAAAACAUGCAUUAUUCAGUCAGCAACUACUUUUUGUAUAGCAGUACGUGUUUAAAUACGUCAAGAUUUGGACAUGACGUUAAUCAAAACUUUGCCUAGCAAUAGUUAACCUCUGUGUCAAUGCGUAAUACGUUAUAUGUUAUAUCUUCGAUGUUAUAUAGCACGUACUUGUAUUACAUCUAUAAGUAUAUAUCUAUUUAAGUUUUGCAUUACGCUUAAUGUACGCCAUACUCACACUGAUUUAAAAUGGGAAACUAAGCUUUCCUACUCAUUUCGUUUACAUCUGCUUUAGGUGACAUAAUCUUACAUGCAUGGGUGUUGUUUUUUUAGCAAAUAUAUUAUCGUUGUGGGUUUGAUUAGUUUGUCUGGAAAAAAAUGUUCCUGUCAACACCGCUGUAUCAAUUAAUGCAUUUAUUUUCAAUAGAUAUUCUUUACAUGAAAUAUUGUUUUUAAAUAUAUACGGCGAACUGUAUAUGAAGCUAUAUUUGUACAACUGUGAAGCGAUCUGUUUAUAGACCAAUUUCGUGUGAAGCGAAAUUUGUUCGACCAAUUAUCGAAGCGAUAUUUUUAGGACCAACUAUGUGAUACGGUAUUUGUAUUAAAAGACAAACUUGA